CGGAUGACUGCUGGUUAGUAUGUGCUCGAGAUUAUUGUAAAGGUUGUAUGGAGUAACACUGCGGUUCUCUAUCCGUUUCAAAACAUAGAAAAUAUCAGCUGUAUAAUGUAAAUAACACUGAAUACGUAUCCCGUGCAAUUGUGCACACGCAAAUCCUCUAUCUGUUGUCUGACGCACUGGAAAAUUAGACGGAUUGAGGGUAAAUUUGACUCGAGAAGGCCGAUUUACAACUGGACAUCAUCCACUGGUUUUCUGCAGUAAUCCAGUGAUUAUCGAAUUGGCUUUGUUUCUGAAGGUGGAUUUUAUGACCAAACAUCCUCUGAUGAACACUUGGGUAGCGAGCUAUGAAGAUCAUAUCAGACCACCAGCUGGGAAUGGGACACCACUAACAAUAGUAGUCUCAGCCAUGAAGAAGAUGGAGCCAGAUUGCAAAAACUAAUAACCAGCAGGCUCCCAUUUGCCGACUCCGCUCAGCUUGACCACCCACCCCCACCCACAUGACGAUGGCCAAUUCCGUGGCCACGCUGGUGGUUCAGACGGAUCUCCUCCCUGCUCCGACCUCCUCCUCGCUCUCCCCGUUCCCCUCCCUGCUGGCUUCAGCUGAGGAUGUGGAGGACGGUGAGAGGUUGGAGGAGGAGAAGGAGGGCUCUGGGGAGGUGGUGCUCACCGAGAUCGAGAUGGUGUCCUCCACCUCGUCUCCAGUGUUGACGACGACGACGGCGGCGGCAGCUGCUGCCCCGAAUCCCGAGCACCCCUUCCAGUGCCUAGACUGUGGCAAGAGCUUCAAGUGGUCCUCCAGGCUGGCCCACCAUCAGCGCAGUCACAACAACGAACGGCCCUACCGCUGCAACAUCUGCCCAAAGGCCUUCAAGGGCUCCUCUGCACUGCUCUACCAUCAGAGGUCACACUCCGGUGAGAAGCCCUACAAAUGUGACGAUUGUGGCAAAGCGUUUAAGCGCUCGUCCCUGCUGCAGGUUCACCGCAGUGUGCACACGGGACUUCGCACCUUCCAGUGCCCCUACUGCCCGCUGACCUUCAAGUGGAGCUCCCACUACCAGUACCACCUGCGCCAGCACACGGGCGAGUGCCCGUACCCCUGCGACAGCUGCCCCAAGGCCUUCAAGAACUCCAGCAGCCUGCGGCGGCACAAGAACGUGCACCUGGGCCUCAAGCCCUACGUCUGCACCGUCUGCAACAAGGCCUUCACGCAGUCCACCAACCUGCGGCAGCACAUGCGCGUGCACACGGGGGAGCGGCCGUACGUGUGCAACAAGUGCGGCCGCAGCUUCACGCACUCGUCCAACCUGGCGCUGCACCGCGCCUCGCACCUGGAGGACAAGAGGAAGGCUGGGCCGGGGGUAGGCGGAGAGCACGCGGGGGAGUUGGGGGCUUUGCCGGAGGGUGUGAAGGCCGUGGUGGUGGGUGGUGGUACGGCCACGACGGAGCUGAGUGCGGUGGGAGUUGGGGUCGGGGUUGGAAUGGGUAUCCAGGACAUGGUGGGGUUUGUGGGGCAGGAUUCAGGGCUGGGCGUCGGUGUCGGGGAAGUGUUCCUUACCCAUCACACCUCCACAGGCGUCGACUGCGCUGGCCAGACCAUGCUCACGUUGACUCCCACCACUGUGGCUUCAGCGUGCGGCUCUGAGCAGCACGUGCACGUGACCACCACAGAUAUGGGCACCAGCGUGCUACUGUACAGCUGCGGAAGCUGCAACCACACCUUCACGUCGCAGGGCGACCUGGAGGAGCACCAAGCACUCCAUCUGGCGGCCCUGGGGCACGGCACCGCCGCCGCCGCUGCUGGGCUGGGAGGCGUAGACGGGGCCGUGGCUGGAGCUGGGGCCCACGAGGCGGCCGGCGUAAGCCUGGUAGGGGCUGGACCCCUCCUGGCGGACUUUGAGGAAGUGGUGGAGACGACCACGGUGGCGGAGAGCGGGCAGGGAGCCGCAGAGCUGCUGGGCCUGACGGGGGGAGCGGAGGGAGGGGUUGGUGGGCAGGCUGACGGUCAGGCUCAGUUCGAGCUCCUCCAGGGCUUCACGGAGGUAUCGCAGCUCUCCUCGGACGCCAGUGUGCCAACGGACGUGACGGGAGGAGGAACAAAGUGCACGUACUGUGGGAAGAGCUUCAAGACCAGCGGCGGGUUGACGAGGCACAUUGCACAGGCCCACUCCACCCCGGCCACGCAGACACGCACCCAGUACAACUGCUCGGCCUGCGACCGCUCCUUUCCCCUGCUCUCCUCCCUGCUCGCCCACCAGUACUGGCACACGCCGGAGCAGCGGCUCCUGGGCGAGGCGGAGGCCGAGGCGGAGAUCGUGUGCCCGCCGUCGCUGCCCGUGUCCCUCGAGUCCUCCUCCGAGACGGCGGCGAAGGCCGAGGACGGGGUCGGGGACGCGGGUGGGGACCAGGUGGAGAGGGAGAUCCACGUCAGCCUUAUUGCUGUCACGGAGGAAGGGGAGCAGCCGGAGGAGGCCAAGCCUGCCACCAGAGGAGCGGGGAAGGGAGGACGGAGAGGGGCAGUCACCAAGGACACCACCAAUGGUGACACUGAGCGCCCGUACCGUUGCUCGGAGUGUGGGAAGGCCUUCAGGGGCUCGUCUGGCCUGCGCUACCACAUGCGCGACCACACGGGAGAGAGGCCAUAUCGGUGCACCGAGUGUGGCAAGAGCUUCAAGAGGUCGUCUCUGCUCUCCAUCCACCAGAGAGUCCACACGGGCGUGCGUGCCUUCCAGUGCCCCUACUGCCCGCUGACCUUCAAGUGGAGCUCCCACUACCAGUACCACCUGCGCCAGCACACGGGCGAGCGGCCCUACGUGUGCCAGGAGUGCGGCAAGUCCUUCAAGAACACCAGCUGCCUGCGGCGCCACAGCCAGCUGCACUCGGGCCUGCGGCCGCACGCCUGCUCCGUCUGCGGCAAGUGCUUCUCGCAGACGUCCAACCUGAAGCAGCACGAGCGCACGCACUCGGGCGAGCGGCCCUUCCAGUGCGGCCAGUGCCACAAGAGCUUCACGCACUCCUCCAACCUGCAGCUGCACCUGCGCACGCACUCCUCGCGCAAGGACUACCGCUGCCAGCACUGCGGCAAGGAGUUUGUCAUGCACUCCUACCUGCAGAGGCACCUUCGCACCCAUCAGAACAAUUUAGCGGAUGGAGGAGGGGGUGGGGGCAAGGAGGGGGCACCGGGCAGUAAGGUGGGGGGAGGUAGGGGUGCGACAGGUGCUGGUGGUGGCGUUGGCUCAGGGCAGACGACGCUAAGUCUGAGCGUGAACGCGCCCGGGGGCCUCAGUUCCCUAUUUCCUGAUGGCUCGGGGAACAACUCCACGCUGCUGCUGUCGUCGUCCAACCUGGACAUCCCUCCCAACACCUCGCAGAAUUACUUCAUGAUCCAGACCGCCACGGGGCUGCAGCUCAUCCCGCUGUCCAACCCCACGCCCACUCAGCAACCACCGCCUCCUCCUCCUCCUCCCCCACCCCCUCCCCCUCCUCCACCACCUCCACCACAACCGCAGUCCCAAAACUAUGUGCUGCUCCAGUGCCAGUCCGCCAACGGCACCCAGCCCAGCCUCAUCCUGGUCCCCACCGCGUCGUCCGCCCCUGUGGCCUCCGAGCCGCAGCCCCUGUCCGUGAUGCAGACCCUCCCCGCGCUGCAGCCCGCCCUCCAGGCGCACAUCCCCCAGUUCCAGACCGUUCAGACUCAGCCUCGCUUCAUCUUUAGUGCACCAAGCAACGGCACCACCACGAACACCCAGGUAGUCACGACGAACAUGAACCCAGUGCCGCGAAACUCUACCACGCUCACCAGGCCCAUAUUGGGCAAACUCACCAGCACCAGGACGGGCAGGAGUAGACGUGGUCGGAAACCCAAAGCGGUGGCGGCGGCGGCGGCGGCGCAGAACCAGACACCAGGUCCGGCGGCGGCAGUGUCCCAGUCGGCAAACACAUCAGCAACUGCCGUUGCCACACCACAGACUACUACUGUUAGUGCGCCUAACGUUAGCAUUAGCGAGCUGUCUGUUCAGACGGCAAAUUGUGCCAAUCAGACAUCAGUGCCUCCUCCAACCACCACCACUGCCUCUACAGUGGACAUGGUGGAGCCCAAGGCACUAGCCGUGCAUGCAGAUUCCACAACGCUCUGCAGUCAGGCUCCUCCUGUGGCGUGGACGGACCAGAAUACAGCUGCUGAGUCGGACACAAAGCCUUCGCACACGUUGCCACAGGACAGGUUUGUGCUCUGCUUUGAGAAGGACUUGGGCUCAGAGGUGAAAAAGGAGGAGAGUGGCAUAGGAGAAGGGGUGGGUGGAGGGAGCGGAGGAAGAGGAGGAGGAAGGUCCUACGUGUUACAGUUUGGCAGAGAGUCGGAGCAAGACGGAGGAGGUGUGCAUGAUGGCGGAGGAGGAGGAGGAGGAGGACGACGAGCGGAGGAGCAGUCGUACGUGCUCCACUUCCAGGCCGACGAGGGAGAGAGGGGGGAGGGAGAGGCGGAGGGGAAAGAGCAGGACGGCGGGAUGGUGUCGCUGAACCUGCUCCAGGACUGGGGAACAGCUGACAGGCAGGCCGAGAGAGCGUCCGGCCUGGAGCAAAGUGUCCAAGGCGAGGGUGAGUCAUUCAUUCUCCACUUCCAACCAGCCGAGGCCCACCAGGACGGAGCGCAGCCAGAUGCCGGAUACCCUGAGGCCCAGGGCCAUGACAUGGGGCUUUCCUGCCCCGCCGCCCAGGCGUUGGUUCCACUCGGUGGGCAGGAGGUGGUCUUUCAGCUGGAGGAGGAAGCCAAAAUGGUCGGAGGCGUUGGCGACGGUGGCGGCUCGGGGGGGCCCGGGGACAACGUCCAGAUGAUUGCGCUGAUCGAGGGAGAGGGGGCCGGGGCCAGGGAGGGCGUUGGCGGCGGCGCCUUCGUCUCUGGCGGGGGAGUGGAGGGAGGGGGCAGGGAGCAGAUGGAAGGCAUCUUUCAGCUGGAGGGAGGGGAGGGCAUUGUCAUCAUCGAGGUGAGCACCAGCAGUCUCCGAGAUGGGGCCGCGGAGGGAGGGCCAGGGGUGACGUUAGAGAGGAUAGAAGGGGGGAAAGACGUGAACGAUCUCCGGGACGUCUCAGUGGGCGUUAUCCCUGAAGCGGAGAACCUGCAUGGGCAGAAAGAUACAGAUCACGGCAACUAA